AUGGAUCAGGUACAAGGCCGUCUAGGCCAGGGGCGGUGUCAUAGCGCCAGGGGCGGUGUCACAGCGGUCCAGACCGCUGUCUUUCUAGGCGCGGGCGGCGCACCGCCGUGCGGGGAGUCUAGCAGAGCGGGGGCAGGCAUAGGCAGAGCUGAGGCUCCUGUAGGUGUUACAGAUGCCUGUAACAGCGAGUGGAUCGACCUCAAUAAUGUCAGCAGCGGUGAAGACGAAGAUGACCCACCUGAAGUCAUAGUCAAUGCCCACACACACCCGAGCCCACUACAGACAACGACUAGUACUCUCCUCACCGAUCCCUUUGCCACGAGAAAAAGAGGCCUUAAGUCUACUUCUGAUGUCCAGUGUUUCUUAGGAAGAACUCAGACACUGGCGAGCGCAUUUGCAUUCCAUGCGAGAAUGAAAAUAAGAUCGCCUCAUCCUGUCCCCUAA